AGAGUAGUUUUACCAUUAAUUUUAAGGUCAAUUGAAAUAAUGCUAAAAAACUGCGAAAAACAGACAAAAAUGUAUCGACUUUUAUAAGUGGGCGGACGUAAGGCUAUAACACAAACACUCAAUGAGUUCUCGCCAUUCAUGACAACACUUAUCGUCAAAACUGGUUAUGAAAUACUAAACAAAUUUUUAAUGUUUGGUAAAUGUCUUCAAAUCUGUUCAUUAAAGCCAUUGGUUUGCCAUUAACUCGACGUCUGAUAUAACUAUCGGUCAAUUGGUUUGCAUUGAAAGUGUUUGAAUAGUCACUCAUUGGUAAGCAAUGAACAUAAGUAUAACAGAUAUCUGCGAAAACACCAAAAUGGGUCGUGAGUUCGCUCUCCUCGGCAACUAUGAGACCGCUCUCGUCUACUAUCAGGGAGUCGUCCAACAGAUCCACCGACUCUUGCAGACCAUCAGCGACGCCAACCGCAAAGAACGGUGGCAGGAGAUCCAACAACAAAUAGCACAGGAAUACGAAUACGUGAAAGACAUUCAGACCAAACUGUUGGGCUUUAAGGGCGAUCACCACAACACGCGUCCCAUUAACGCCAGACAAUCGCCACAGUUUGGCGGUCUGAACGAUGACCCGAAUAACGAUCCCGACUAUUGGCCGCCAACUUCUCCUCGAGAGCCCGAUGUAUGGCCGCCGCCAACGCCUGUGGAGCACAAACCCGGACCAGCCGUCAAACAAAGACAGGGCAGACGUGAGAGCUAUUCGUUGGGCAACAAAAGCGGUCGCGAAGCGAAUGCGAGCGGAAGUCGUUCGGCAGCUGUUAAGGGCGGACCUAAGAAGACCCAAACCGAUGGUAAGACAUCGAAUCGAACCAGCGAUCAGAAGAAGAAAGAGAAGAACGAAAGCGGAACCGCUAAAGAAGAUCCGGCGGAAAAGAGGUUCGACUGCGCGGGUCCUGACAAUGAAUUGGUCGAAAUGCUUGAGAGAGAUAUUCUGCAGAAAAACCCGAGCACUCAUUGGACGGACAUCGCAGACCUCGAGGACGCCAAACGGCUAUUGGAAGAGGCGGUUGUGUUGCCGAUGCUAUGGCCCGACUAUUUCAAAGGCAUUCGCCGGCCGUGGAAAGGGGUGCUAAUGGUAGGUCCGCCGGGAACGGGCAAAACAAUGCUGGCCAAAGCUGUGGCCACCGAGUGCUGCACCACAUUCUUCAACGUGUCGUCGUCGACAUUGACCUCUAAAUAUAGGGGCGAAUCUGAGAAGUUGGUGCGCCUGCUCUUCGAAAUGGCCCGAUUCUACGCGCCGUCCACUAUAUUCAUCGAUGAGAUCGACUCGUUGUGUUCGCGCAGAGGCUCUGACACCGAACACGAGGCCAGUCGUCGCGUCAAAUCAGAGCUACUCAUCCAAAUGGAUGGCAUCAACAAUAACGAGGACCCGACAAAAGUGGUGAUGGUUUUGGCCGCCACUAACUUUCCCUGGGAUAUCGACGAAGCGCUCAGACGGCGACUCGAGAAACGCAUUUACAUUCCUCUGCCUAACGAAGAGGGAAGAGAAGCGCUUCUGGCCAUCAAUUUGAAGGAAGUCGAGAAGACAGCAGAUCUGGACAUGAAUGAGAUUGCGACCCGUUUGGAGGGCUACUCAGGCGCUGACAUUACGAACGUGUGUCGGGACGCGUGUAUGAUGUCUAUGCGGCGCAAAAUCGCUGGACUCACUCCCGAACAGAUCAGAGCUCUAUCUAAGGAUGAACUCGAACUACCCGUCAGUCCCGAAGACUUCGAGGAAGCCGUCCGUAAAGUGAAUAAAUCAGUUUCGGUCGAAGAUCUGAAGAAAUAUGAGAAAUGGAUGGCAGAGUUCGGGUCGAUGUGAACCCGAUCUCCAUUUAUUCUCAUGUUUUACUUAAUAUUGAAUUGUUUUUUAAAGAGAAUAUUUAAACAAAUAAUAUAUUUAUGUUUUAUAUAUCAACACGUUUUAAUAAAUCAUGUGAUUUAUUACUAGUUUAUUGUUUUGAUUGACAAAUCAUUAAAAAACAAUUAUUGCCAGUAAUAUAAGAAAAACGGGUGGUUUUGUUAUGUGAUGUUUAAAUCCUAUCACUUUGUUUUGUUAACCAUUCAAAUGGCC